GCAGCAUCCGGGAAUUUUACACGAAUCCAAGAUGGCGCCGAUCGGCGAAAAAAGUACAGCUCGAUCAGCGGGCAUGGAAAACGGUGAAUCUGAGCCGCAAAACUUAUGGUCUUCAAUUUUAGGCGAGGUUUCAUCGCAUUCUGGUUCGAAGUUGCCGUCAUGCAAAAACAUCCUGGUUCUCGGUGAAGACGAAUGUGGGAAGACAACUCUUAUAUCAAGGCUACAAGGCACAGAUGACCCCAAGAAAGGUCAUGGACUGGAGUAUUUAUAUCUGGACGUCCAAGAUGAAGAUCAAGACGACAGCACACGGUGCGGAGUGUGGAUCCUGGGAGGCGAGGAGGAACAUUCCGAACUCCUCAAGUUUGCGCUGACGCCGGCCAGCCUGAGCCACUCCCUAGCCAUCUUGAUGGUGGACAUGUCCAAACCGUGGUCUAUCAUGGAUAUGCUCGACAAGUGGGUGGGGUUGCUCAGAAGACACAUAGAUACGUUGAGAUUGCCGCCCGAGAGACUACGGGAACUGGAGGAGAGAUUGGUGCAACAAUUCCAAGAGUACGUUGAACCCGAGGAGGGGGAGGAGCCUAAAUCCCCCAGGAGAACGACAGCACCUGGCACGGUGGGCGGGGAAGACGAAAAAGUGCUGCUCCCGUUAGGGGAAACCACACUCACGCAUAACCUGGGAAUACCCAUUGUUGUCGUAGUUACAAAGUCAGACGCCAUAUCCAGUUUGGAGAAAGAACACGACUUUAAGAUGGAACAUUUAGACUUCAUCCAACAACAUAUCAGAAAGUUCUGCCUGAACUAUGGCGCAGCGUUAUUCUACACAUCGGUAAAGGAAGGCAAGAAUUGCGAUCUACUCUACAAAUAUCUGCUGCACAGGAUAUAUGGCUUUCCCUUCCACAAACCAGCAUUAGUCGUAGAAAAGGACGCCUUGUUUGUGCCUUCUGGUUGGGAUAACCUACAGAAGAUAGGCAUUCUUUAUGAAAAUAUGCCCAAUAUCAACCCCCAAGAACCCUUUGAAGAAGUCGUAGCGAAACCAGUUAUCAGAAAGCCAUUACAAGACAGUAAAGAAGUGAAUGCAGAGGAUGAACAGGUCUUCCUGAUGAAACAACAAGCCAUGUUGAGCAAGAAUAUCCCUCCAGCUAAGCAGCAGGAAUCUCCACAGAGACCAAUGGGAAUGAGAACACCAGAGAGGAAAGCCAAUGUUGCCAGUGUCUCGCCCAUCACGCCCUCAGGAAAAGGAAAGAUGGAGCCAGGGAAGCCAGGAGCAACCAAUGAAGGAGUCUUAGCCAAUUUCUUCAACAGUUUACUCAGUAAGAAAACAGGGACAGGUUCACCAGGGUCACCGGCGAGUCCGAAACCAGGAGACAAAUCAGUACGUAGCGACGCAGCGGCCGAGUUGGACCGCAUGACGCGAGGGCGCAAGUCGGUACCCGGUCAAAACUCAACCGGCGCAUCCUAGCAAGGUGACACGUCUCGGUUACCGGGGAAACUGUAGUACCAGGGGCGGGAACCUAUCCGUGUAAAUGUAUAUCAAUCUUUUAAAGAAUAAACAAAUUUCCGUAAUGGAAAUCGCUAUUAAAUAAUUGGAGUCUAAAUUCUGGUGCCUGUCUCUAAGGUAUGUGCAAAAAUGCUUGCCAUUUUGUGGAGUAAACUAAUAAUAAUCAUUUCGGAGGUAAAUUUUUAUGCCCGGAUUGACGCAAGAUGAUGUUAAAUUGAUACCUCUGAAGAAAACAGUGAAGAAUGUUGCUGCAAAGA